UGAGCCGUUACUCUUCUCGAGCCUCCAGAACCUUCCAGGCUGAAACGUUGCUGCUCGCUGUGAAGAUGAUGGGCCAGCAGGUUUUCGUGUUGAACCAGAACAUCAAGAGGGAGUCUGGGCGUAAAGUUCAGGCCGGAAACAUCAACGCUGCCAAGACCAUCGCUGAUGUGAUCAGGACCUGCCUCGGCCCUCGGGCCAUGAUGAAGAUGUUGCUCGACCCCAUGGGAGGAAUCGUGAUGACCAACGACGGGAACGCCAUCCUGAGAGAGAUCCAGGUCCAGCAUCCUGCAGCCAAAUCCAUGAUUGAAAUCAGCCGCACACAAGAUGAGGAGGUGGGCGACGGGACCACGUCCGUCAUCAUCCUGGCCGGGGAGAUGCUGUCUGUAGCGGAGCAGUUCCUGGAGCAGCAGAUCCACCCCACGGUGGUGAUCGGCGCCUACAGACGGGCUCUGGAGGACAUGCUGGAGAUCCUGAAGGACCUCAGCUCCCCCGUGGACACGGCGGACCGCUCCGUGAUGCUGAAGAUCCUGCACUCGGCCAUCAACACCAAGGCGCUGAGCCGCUGGUCUGAGCUGGCGUGCGGCAUCGCGCUGGACGCCGUGCGCACCGUGGAGCUGGAGGAAAACGGGCGCAAGGAGAUCGACAUCAAGAAGUACGCCAAAGUGGAGAAGGUGCCGGGCGGCAUCAUCGAGGACUCGUGCGUGCUGAAGGGCGUCAUGGUGAACAAGGACGUGACCCACCCCCGCAUGAGGCGCUCCAUCAAGGAGCCGCGCAUCAUCCUGCUGGACUGCUCCCUGGAGUACAAGAAGGGCGAGAGCCAGACCGACAUCGAGAUCAGUAAGGAGGAGGACUUCGCCCGCAUCCUGCAGAUGGAGGAGGAGUACAUCCAGCACAUCUGUGAGGACGUGAUCCGCCUGAAGCCAGACCUGGUGUUCACGGAGAAGGGGGUCUCAGAUCUGGCUCAGCAUUACUUGAUGAAGGCCAACAUCACCGCCAUCCGCCGGGUGAGGAAGACCGACAACAACCGCAUCGCCAGGGCGUGCGGGGCUCGUAUAGCCAGCCGUACCGAUGAGCUGCGUGAGGAAGACGUUGGUACGGGUGCUGGUCUGUUCGAGGUGAAGAAGAUCGGAGACGAGUACUUUACCUUCGUCACAGAGUGCAAGGACCCCAAGGCCUGCACCAUCCUGCUGAGGGGGGCGAGCAAGGAGAUCCUGGCUGAGGUGGAGAGGAACCUGCAGGACGCCAUGCAGGUGUGCCGCAACGUGCUGCUGGACCCCUUCCUGCUGCCGGGGGGCGGAGCCACGGAGAUGGCGGUGUCCAAGCGCCUGAUGGAGCGCUCCCGCGCGCUGACGGGCAUCGAGCAGUGGCCGUACCGCGCCGUGGCCCAGGCCCUGGAGGUCAUCCCCAGGACCCUGAUCCAGAACUGUGGGGCCUCCACCAUCCGGGUGCUCACCUCACUCAGGGCCAAGCACACCCAGGACGACAGUGUGAACUGGGGCGUGGACGGGGAGUCCGGCCUCCUGAGGGACAUGAUGGCUCUGGGCAUCUGGGAGCCGCUGGCUGUGAAGGCCCAGACCUACAAGACGGCUGUGGAGACGGCCAUCUUGUUGCUGCGCAUCGAUGACAUCGUCUCUGGUCACAAGAAGAAAGACAAAGACGGUCAGAUGGGAGGACAGGGAGCCGAGUAGAUCCACAUGGAUCCAGAUCCACGUGGAUCCAGAGCCACAUCGGAGCCACCCAACUGCCUGUGUGUCUCUCUUUGUGUGUGGAGCUCAACUCAAUGAAACUUAAUAAACAGUUAAACUAG